AUGCUCUUCCUUAUUUCUAUUUCUAUUCUUCGCUGCAUAACAAUCGCCCCGCAAGCCAUCAGACGCUACCGUGGCAUCCUAUGCAGUUGCACCGGUCUCUCCAGUUUAUCCCCCUCCAGGUCGUCAUUUACACGAGAGAGCCUGUCCAAACAGGCCUUCCUGAACUGGCGGCUGGGACGCGUGCAGACUGAAGAAACAUCUCCGCCCAACUCGUCGGAACUUCCGCCUUCAGCCUUCAGAGAAUCUGCAAAGUUUGAUCCCUGGCCCGCCAUCCAAGAACCUCGCCUCGCCGUCUUCCUUAAGGCUUCGACGCAGCAGAAAAGCGCACGAGAAAUUGACUGUUCUAGCUCUCUAGGACUUCAUUGUGUGCGCAUCCACAUUGAGGAAGCCGGUGCUAGUUGGCCGAGUUUCGUGAUGAAAGAGAGUUGUAAGUUUUUUUAA